AAUUUUGUAAGUGCAAUAAGCAGUAGCAAUGCUCGUAGGGAUAUAAGAAAUGAUGUUGAAAAAGAAAGCGGGCAACCCUACUACUGUAGAAAAGUUAACUAUUUUUUAUCGCUAAUCUUAAUUUACGAAGUUCUUUUUUGACACUUUUUACUUAAAUGUUUAUUAAACUUGAAAGUGGUUGUUUCUGCGAUAACAAGUCAUCAACUGAUGUUUCUCUUGAUCAUCUCUGUGCUUGUGUUAACAUCAACGUUUGUAUGAAUGUACACUUUACGGUUUUAAACCCACGAGCCUUGCAUGCGCCAUCCGAAUAUGAGACUGAAGUGAAGUGUCGAUUAUACUCUGAUGACAGUGUUGACUUUAAUACGCAUUUAUAUAAAUCGGAUGAAUUGAAUUUAAUGAAAACCAUGUACGAUCAUUUUAAUAAAGUGGGGAGUACGCUCAAUAAUAUUAAGAUAUCUCUUGCCGAAGUGGUCGCAGGAACUAAGUUGUCUCCAAAACGUGCCUGAAAAACAAGCGCCAAAUAAGUUCACUGGUUCUAAAAAAUAAGAUUGUCUAGGUUCUGGCUCCUAAGGCAAAGGUAAGAAUGAGAGGAACGAGAAGCAAAUGAAUCGAUUGAUGUAACGGGCCAUUCGUCUUCCUCAAUAAAAAAGUUAACAAAAGAAGCUCAUAACUUUUCCGCCACCUACUGCUCGGCACCAAUAAACGCAUUGUCUAACGGUAAUAAACGAAAAGAGUUCAUUAUACUUUUACCCAGAAAAUCAAUAUUUAUAUCGCCUUUUGUAUUAGAUAUAAUAGAAGAGGAUAUAAAUUACUACAUAAAAUCUAAAUUGGGUUUGUAUAUUGAAACUAAAUUCAACUUUUCAUACAGUCACAUUAAAUCAUCAUUUAAGCUCGUUGUGUCGGAAAGUUGUAUGGCAAUAUCUGGCCUUCAAACACAUUCGUUCAUGAGUACACACGUAAAAAAGAUCGUACACAAUCUAGAAUUGUCUAGCUUUCACUUGCUGACUAACAAACAAAAUCAGACGACUAAAUCAAAUUCACCUACCUUUUAUCUACGAAAACG